GGACUCUGCACUGGGCAUUGCACGCACUACUUCCCCUUCACUCUGGGGAACGGGCUGAGGACAGGGCUGUGUGCUUGGGUUAAGGUUCCAGGAAAAGCGUUAGGCUCUCUAGGAGGAAAGAGAAACAGGCAGGGGAUGCCCGCUUGAUCCGGAGCCAUGUCCCGGUACCUGAAGCACUUCACGGUGGUGGGGGAUGACCCCGUACAGUGGAGCAACGAUUAUCAGAAAUGGGAGGAAGAGGAGGAGGACAAUGGGGAGAAGGACUCGGAGAUCAAAUUGGAGCCCUCCCGUGGCCACGUCACCUUCCAAGAUGUGAUGAAGAAGCUCUUCAGUUCACGCAGGUUUCAGAUUGUCAUUGUCUUCUUGGUCAUCGUGGAUGCCUUGCUGGUCCUUGGGGAAUUGCUGAUGGACUUGAAGAUCAUCCAUCCAGACAAAUAUCACAUAGCCCCAAAGGUUUUCCACUACCUCUCCCUUUCCAUUCUCACCAUCUUCCUGGUUGAGGUUGGGUUUAAAAUCUUCAUUUAUGGCCGGGAGUUCUUCCACCACAAGUUUGAAGUGCUGGACAGCAUCGUUGUCGUCGUGUCUUUCAUCCUCGACCUCGUCCUCCUCUUUCGGGAGCACGAGUUUGAAGCUGUGGGGCUCCUGAUACUGCUGCGGCUGUGGCGUGUGGCCAGGAUCAUCAACGGAAUAAUUUUAUCGGUGAAGACCCGCUCUGAACAACAAGUGUCCAAGCUAAAGCAGGUGAACCUGAAACUCGCAACAAAGGUUGAACAACUUCAACACAGCUGUGUGGAGAAGGAGCAAGAAAUUGAGAGGCUUACCAGGAUGUUAAAACAGCACGGGCUCAUCAGCGAGCAAACGUAGAAGGCCAGUUUUCCAAGGUGGGGAAGUCUGCCGUGGCGAGUGCAGUGUUGAAACGUAUCAGAUUGACCCGAAAGGUUUUCCUCUCUGCCUGCUUUUCUCUGGUAUAGUGUUUCUGUAAAUGUUUCCUAUUUGACCACACUUUGAUUAGAUCUUGGGAUCGCAAAAAUAGCUUUACUGGAAAAUUAAAUGUGUACUCCCUGUAAACAGUGACUCCGUAAGACCCUUGUACAGUUGUACAGACAAGUGCAAAAUAAUUUAAUAAAGACACAACUUUACAAGCUGUACAUUCAGGAAGUACUACUCAUUUCAAGGAAUUAUGUUUUUCAGUGAUAAGGUUCUUUGUUUGCAACACCUUGUAGAAACUUGCUGUAGCAGACGUAAGAAUCCAGGCUGGAGAGGUCAUUUCUUCUCUCACAGCUGACCGUUCACCACUGCUACAUCUCUUCUUUGCCAACAGUUCUUUUCAUACUGUUGGUUGAUUCCUUUUCUGUUGCUGCUUGUGCCACUUCAUUAUUUAUGUAAUGUUCACUUCCAAAAAUACCAACAUCUGACUUCUUUAGCUGGUGAUCAAAUGAGCACCAAAAUGGAGGCAAACACAUGUCAAACAAUGCUUGAUUUUUCAACAGCAGAUCUGAGUUCUGAUACUGUAUUCUGUCAUCUCUUCUUCCAUUUAAGUGUUCAUUUGCAGCCUGCUGGGCUACAAAGUCAUCUGCUUCUGCAGCUCAUAAAUCAACACAUUAAAAGAAUUAGUAUAUGUAAGACAAGAUCUAGGUGAGUGGACUUCUGGGAACAGUUAGACUCCAGGAAAAAUAAAUAAAUUAGGAAGCAUACUCUAAAGGAUUAGGCUGGGGUUUGAAUACAGUGUCAACUUCUUCAGGUACUAUCAUCCCUGGGGUAUUUUAUAGUUUUAUAUAUUUUAAGAGUGAGAAUUGAAGAAUAGAAAUGUCAAAAGGUGUUGACUGUAGCAGGCUUCUCAAUUGAUUUUAGCCACAGCCAGCUGGAGGGUCACUGAGCUCUUCUGAAAGCAUCAUUUAACUGUUCACAUUUUUAAAAAAGAAUUGUAAUUAAUUAGUGGUUUGGGGAAAAUAACUAGAAAUAUAUAUUUCAUCUAUAGAAGUAGAUAAAGCAGAGGCCUUAUCUAAUGCCACAUGAUUAAUUAACAGUUAGCUCUGCUGUUCACAGAAUAAUAAAGCCUAGCUUCCUAUGGAGCUUGCUCCUUCCCUUUCUACCUGCUUGCUGUGAGCCCCAGACCAUUGAUCUGGGGCUAGCUCAGAGUGCCCAGCUGCUGGCUGAAUGUGUGCUGACAGGCCAGCUUGCAGCCAACAAGAAGCUCUUGCUGCAACAUU